AGUUCGAUCGGCUUGCGACAAAAGGGGCUGAGGCCUUUCGCCAUGUUGCCGGGAUUAGAUAAAUAGCAGAUGGGGGGCAUAGAUCGGCCUUAGACCCCAUCAUGAGCCCGUCCCGGCCGGGCUUGCUCCCAUGGAAGCACCAUCGACGGAAACCAGAAUAAUUCCUCUCAGUUUCUAUCGUAUUUUCCACCUUUUCUUACUCCUUGUAGCCUAGUAUCGACACCGCAUCCAUCGAAACUAAACAUCACUCGCCCGUCAAACGAGAUAUUCAACGCAAGGUGGUUGCCGUGCUCGUUCUCCGUAGACGGCCAUACUAUUUUUUUCUGAUAUGCACGAAUCUGAUUGCAUGUGAGUGACAAUAUGGCGUCGACGUUACCCUUGACUGAUAGUUGCCGAGAUAGUUGGGGAUGGAACCCCGAGGACAAAUCCCCAGACGUAUUCUUGAAAGGUCCCCGGAACCAAACAGCCUUCUUCCACCCGAAUUGGUCAAUCGGAGCAGCCGGGGUACGGGGGACACGCCCUUUGCUUCAAGGUCACUGUUACUACUGGGAGAUCGAAGUAGCGCCGAGGAUCUACGGUACAAGCAUGAUGGUCGGAAUAGGCUCUCCUAAGGCUCGUCUGCAUGCCGAUUCCUUCAUUAACCUUAUCGGCGAAAACAACGAGAGCUGGGGUCUUUCACACAAAGGUACUUUCUGGCACAACGGCGACUCGAUCGUGUUCACACAACCGUUUCUCGAGAACACCUUGACCACCGUCGGCAUCCUCUUCGACGGACGGAAAGGAACGCUCACCUUCUUCAAGGAUGGCGAACUCCUGGGCCAGGCGAGCAAGGAUUUGAGCAAGCCCGACGACGACCUCUACCCGAUCAUAUGUUCGACGGCGGCGAAGACGGAGAUGACGCUUGUUCGUGCUCGACGAAGCUUCGUUUCGCUCUUUGAUCGAUGUCGAAACGUCAUCGCGACGAGCAUCACCAAGAAGGAGCUUGUUCACAUGCUGCCAAUACCAAAUGCUCUCAAGAACAUCAUACUGGAUUCAAUGUGAACGAGAUUGUGAAAGACCUCUGUGAUGCUGCAUCUUAGAUUCGUCAUCGUUGACGCGUUCAACCUCCUAAUCGUCGAGGAACGACCAUGCCGUGGUUGACAUCAGAUGCCCGGAUGAGCCGGUCGAUGGACCCAGUGAUGAGGAUAGACCGCGAGGCUGUUCCAGAGUUAAACCAGACCAGGGUUGUCUAGCCAGCUAUCUGGACCUGAUUGAAGAUCAGAUAGGUUGUGGUCUACGGGUCUCGUCGACGUCAUCAGCCAAGAGCACGCCAGCCAGUUCUCAGCCAGCCACUUCGAUUAUACCACGACCACCGGAUGGGCGGUAGUAUAGAAAUCUAUAGUAGUUCAGCAGUAACCAUUUUGUAUGCCUAACCCGUUACCAUGGUAAUAUUCUGUCAUUGAAAUGCACUUGGGCUCAGGUAGCUAAGCAAAUAUGGCAUCAACAUGUUUGUACUAUUACCUCGCUUUACGUUUUCAUUCUCGCACAUGCCUCGCACGCUCACCAUUUCGUUUCAUAAAUCAUGUGAGCGAUGUUGGCAAAAGCCUUACAAAACGGGGGCAAAACUAAUGUUUGAUAUUGCAAUUGCAAUGUGCAAUGGUAAAUCUCUCGUCUCCAUUGGGAGAGAAAGACGAGUGCGGCUGAUGCGAGAUGAGGAUACAGACAAAAGUGUGCCAUGUAUGUUUGUUGCUAUGGGGAAAACGAGACUCGAGACCAAUGCGCACGCGCCGACCAAGCGUGAACGCUGAUUGGUCGAGAGUUUCGUCUCGCUUUCUCACUCCACAUGUGGUGACAUAUGGCAUGCGAUGCAAGGCAAGAGCAACCUGUCUUUCUGUUGGAUUUUCAUCUGAUAUUGAUAUUGCAUGUUCUUUAUUCCCCUGCAUGCUUGAUAAGUAGUCCAUCACCAUGAUUACAGCCUAAGUUAAUAGGCGAGACGUCGUUCGAGUAACGGCAAAGAAGACGCGCUUAUUAUUCAAGCCCGGGGCAUCUCAAAUGUUUUUAUUCAGUUUUAAGUCGUGGUCCCAUCGCUGACCCCCACCUUGCGCUCACCUUCCAACGACCCGGCGGCCAGCAAUCCAGCUUGAUGGCCAGCAGGCCGAUAGACUGGACAUCCAAUUUGAAGCGAGACGAGGGCUGCAUAAUAACACGAUCACGAGUACGAACAAAGGCCAGCUGCUGAAUGGGGGCUUGAGCGAGGACGACAGAAAGUGCGAGCCCAACUUCCUUUCUGAAAUCCCAAUCUAAUAUAAUUUCCCCCUCUGCGUCGGUUUAGGGGCUCGCCUGCCUGCGCCGACGUCCGGGCUGUUCGCCCACCGCCGCUUCGGAAGGCAGGCAAGCGGGCAGCCAGCCUUGCGCAUCCCACAGGCCCCUGUCGGGCUUUGUUCCCCUUUAUAAACUGCUAAAAAGAACCCAGUAAGGCGAGCUGCAGGCCUACAUCACACAAACACGGAUCGGGUGAAUCCGUCCUCGCCCAACCCCUCCCUCGAUACAGAUGAGCCAUUCCCCUCUUUUGAAAAAGUGAAACAAAGAGAGUUGAUCAAGUUAAACCUUUUGUCAUGUUUGUAGGAAGCAUAUGCAAAUUUAGCUUCGAGAAACAAAGCUCCCAAGACAGCAGACCUUUUUACCUACCCUUAUAAAACGCUGUAGUGCCUCAGAUACCGGUAUAAUUUAUGAAAAUUAUACCGGUACAAUAUUUUGUGCACACCAACAAGUUUGCCUUUGUGCCGCUAUAGCCUGCCGCAGCCACACAAAUGUUAUACACUUUCCUUUAAACAUUUCCGGUUCAUUGAGAUAGAGAAUAUUCUGCUUUAUGGAGUUCCAGUAGAAAGUCCUAGGAACUUUGAAACCAAUUCUUAAAAGCUAAAGACCACAAUUAAGCUAAUGGGCUUAUUGGUUUUAUGUAUUAAAAAAUCAACUUAGUUUGUACACUUUUACAGAAGGGAAAAUAAUAACUCGAAAUUUUGUGUUAACGGCAGGCUUUUAUGCGGAGUUUACUGGUAUAGCAAAGUUAUUAUGAUUUAACAUUAUAUGUAUGACAAACAUGUGCGACUUCCUCUAAUUCUAUUUUAAGGAAUUCUAUAGACCACUCGGAGAAUAGACAAGUAAAAAUUAACUUUUUUUUUCAAACAAACCAUCUCACCCGAAUGAGCUCAAUAUUUUUUCAUUCCUUUAUCGCAAGUUUAAACCGAGCGUUAUAGGCCUAUAUUUUGAUAUUCGUUAUUCAAUUUCAGAUGUCAAAUAUGUUUCUAAAUUUUUUUUUCUUCGAAAAACGUGUAGCUGCUUUACCUGAAAAUCGGAAAAAAUAAGUGAAUUCGAAUGUGCCAUAGAAAUGAUAGCUGAUUUAGAUAAAUGAUAAUAGAUUAGUUUAGAUAACGUGUAUAUAUAUACGUGUGAUUAGUUUUCAUUGUUUCAUAUAUAUUUCGUUUGUAUCAUGUUUGUUUUCUUUAUAGCCGUCUGCAGUGUAUUAUUUUCGGGGGGGGGGGGCGUUGAAAUAAGGAUUAAGGAAAUAAGGAAUUCUGCACUCGAGACUUAACUUUUAAAAAAGAGGGGGAAAAAGAAGAAAAAUCGUUUGAAUUCUUUUACUUUGCUGCAUUCGGCCAUGCACGUAUGUUUUAUUUCAAUCAUUGUAUUUUUGUUUACCUUUUUCACAAUUUAUUCUUUAAAGUACUGUCUGGUAAAAAAGAAUGCUGCUGCGAACUUCAUAUGAAAAGUGGCUGGUAUAAUUAUAAUAGAGGAGAAUAUCAUACUCCACAAUAAACAAACAAGUGCAAUAAUUACGGUAAUUAAGGAUGUCUAUCCACUUGUUGGAUUUAAUACAAAUUCAGCAUUGGUGCUCGGCAUCGGUUUGAUUUACGACUACAAGAAGUACUGUAGAUUAUACAGUUGGAAGUCGGGAUAAGAAGAAAAAUCAUUUCUGCAUCAAAAGGUUCUACGUUUUAAUUUUUUGAUGUGGAAGUUAUAUUUUUCUUUUUUGUCACAGAAAAAUCAAAGGAAAAGUUGCAAUAAAACAGAACGCAAAUAAGCUUGCCAGGAUCGGAGCGUGAUUUGAUCGGAAAAUUUCAAUUUUUCGAUCAUUUCUCCGCAGAUCCCUUCAUAAGUGGUUCCGAAGAGCAAUCAAUAAACACAAAAAUGUAGAUUAGAUCUUACUGUAGGUAGAGUGCUUGUGUAAUUAGGGUGCGUAGAGAUGCUUCAUAAUAGUCACUUUUGCGCAUGACUUGCGCAUGCGUGAAGAAUCAAGCUUUAACAACGCGCCAGUAUCUUUUUUUUUCUUCUAUUCGUUUUCAUUAUUUUUUCUUGGUAUCUUUUCCUUUCUUUGCCUAAUUUUAAAAGAUAUAAAAGACACAGUCGAUUCCAUUAGAUAUUACUUCUACUUUUAUGAUUUUUUGUUCACUUUUCUGCUUAUAAUGUUCUCAUGUACAUGUAUCUUUAGUAUUUUUAAUGGACCCAUUUUUCACAAUGCGAUCAGACUGAAAGGUAAUAAUAAUUCAGAUAUUGAUUUCAAUAUCUUUCGGGUGGGGGGGGGGGGGUAUUCGAAUAAUCCAAAAUGCAUUAUCAGUGAUAUCCAUUGAUUUUAUUGCAAUUUAAGGGAUAGGGCCUAUACUGGGCCUACUUGGGUAUGUAAUUUUAAACGAAAUACACAGGCUUAAAAGAAAUAGAUUCACGGAUAACGUCAUAUUUAGCUCAAAUAUAAAUCAAAAUGUCAGACAAAAUCUUGCCAAUUAGGUCGCAUUGUGAAAAAUGCGCCAGCAUUGUAAUAUAGUCGAGUUGACUUUUCUUGUAAAUAGAUUUCAAUGCCUGCAAAAUGGCAUAUGCGAUGAGACAAUCGGCCGGGUUAUGUGCAAUAUAUACCCUGUAAAUAGUUCAAUUAUUUGUAAAUAAUACAACGUUAACACAUGGUUCAUGUUUAAUACUCUGUAAAUACGUUAGCUAGACUCAUGAAUGCUGCACUACAUUUAUUCUAACAUUUCUAAUUUUUACUAACUCUCUUAAUUAGACGGGAUGAAUGAUACUACGUAUUCGUCGUUUAAUAUUGAAGUUAAUUUCCAUACUUCCGGGGGCCUCUCUCACAAUAGAUUCAAUCAAACUCAAACUGGUAUUGGUCUCAUCUGCUCAUAUUAGAUAGUUAAUUCACUCGCUUGGAUCAAUCUCAAUUUGAGUUUAAAGUGUUACCAGACCCAAGCUGAAAAAAAAAUCGCAUACAAUUUUUAAAACAAAAUUCUUAAAUUGCAAUUGGCCCUUUUUCGACUUUUGAAAGAAUCAAUGGACCAUAUACAGCGCAUUUGCUUAUAGUGCCAGUGGCAUCCGGUUAUGGGUUAAAAUAAUGAAAACAAAAAGACACAGAACAUGACACAUGCGUCAAGAAUUCUGAUAAAUACAAGCUGAAUGCGAACUGAAAAGUUUUCUUUUUAAAUGGAAAUUCCAUAUUUGUUACCAAAAUCACCCCUGAGCGGUUUUGUGUUUUUCGUCACCAAUUAACGGUAAUCCAAAAUUUACCGCCAAAUUAAUCUGCAUGGUUUAGAGAUCCUCAAAUAGCAACGCUGCUUAUAUUUUGUAAGAUGGGCCCCUCGUCUUCACCUAACUAAUAAUGUUUUGUGUAUAUAUCUUUAAAUAAAUACGGAAUUUCGUAUUUUA